ACACGGCGGGAGCUGAGGCGGGCGCGGGGCUAAUAAAAACAAAAAAUAAAGACAGGAAGAAAUGGAGAAAGCUCGUUGCUGGCGGUAACGGUGGGGGCAGAUCUGCCGGCUUCGGAGCUCGUGCAUUUCCCGGGACGCCACCCCGCGAUGAGCGCUGCCGGGAUUAGAUGGAUGGACUGGGAGCCGCAAUCCCAGCCUAGUUUUCAGAACGAGCCUUCCGUGGAUAAACACCGCCUCGGGCUGCUGAGCUGGUCGGUGAAUAGCGGCGGUGGUGCAGCGGUGCUGUGUGUCCCUGCUUCGGAGCAGGGGCCGCAGACGCCGCGCCCGCUCCCUCAUGGAGACCGCCCGGCUCUCCCUUGGGAUGCGGGGGGAUCGCUGGCCUCAGCAAACACCCCCGGCUACAGUCUGCGUUCGGCCUUGGUGCAAAAUAAACGUGUAUCGCUUCAUUACCAUGAUUUGAGGGGAAAAAAUAAAAAAGGAAUUUGUGUGGUCUGGGAUGCUUCUUAACCCUUUCAGCAUUGAUCCUAAGUGAUGCCUAAAGCCAACGCCGCAGGAUUGCGGCCUGCCCGGGCGAUGAGGGCUCCGGGCUGUCCGGGACCCUCUUCGGGCACCUCCCGGGCCGCCCCUUGUGCCGAGCCGGUCUGUGCCGAGCCUGCUCCCCGGAGCCCAGGAGGGAAAUGUGUCCUGCCCGACUCCCACCGUGUGCCCAGGGACGCCGCCUUUGCAAGAACCAGAAACUUCAGGAGCGGCCAAAACGACCCCCUCAUUUAUUAGCACAUUUAUUAUUAGCACGUUUGUUUAUUGAUAGGUACAAACAUGACCGAUCAUGAUGAAAUUAUUGAGUGAAAAUAAUACACUAAAAACCGGUGGUUAUAAAACACCGUCGCGGUCUAAAAUCCACUUAAGAAAUUAGCUCCUUGUGGCUCACAUAGAUUUUGUGGCUGAAUUGCCAGGUCAAAUUUACUAAUGUGCUUGUUGAAAGCUGCUACAGUGGUUUAGAAGAGGGAGGAGGUGGAAUUACUGCCUGUGCUAUUUCCAGUCCCAUGUUCAUUAUGGUCUGGGACUGAGAUGGGCAGCUCUGGAUUGGGUUCAUGCUUUGGUCAAACUGUUAAUUUCUAAACUCUGGCAGCCCAUUUUUCCAUCCAGUAACUGACAAAGUUAUGAGGAGCUAGUAAAGGUAGGACAAACUUUACUCGCGCUUAUUUGGUUUUGUAAAAUACAAUAUUUUUAAAAAUACUUGCCUUUCUGUCUUAGAGAAAGAUGGUUGUAUUUUAAGUGUUUUUAUUUUAUCAUAUAUAUGACAGCACUGCAUGUUAGUUAAUGAUGCUAAAUGUCCUUUAUCUUAGCUGGAGAAAAUGAUGAAACUUUAGACUUCAGCGCUUCUCUCCUACUAUUCUGCUUUUCUAUUUUUUCUUGCUGCUAAUUGGAUUAAAAGCUCUUUUGGCUUCUAUGGCAUCCGGUGAGGAGAUUACUGUCUGUGACGAUGAAAUAAGGUCUCGGUACAGCCACCUAGAGAAGAUGACAGAUUUGGUGGCUGUUUGGGAAGUAGCUUUAAGUGAUGGUGUUCAUAAGAUUGAAUUUGAACAUGGGACCACUUCAGGAAAGCGUGUUGUCUAUGUUGAUGGAAAGGAAGAAAUAAGAAGAGAAUGGAUGUUUAAAUUAGUGGGCAAAGAAACAUUCACUGUUGGAGCUACUAAAACUAAAGCUGCUAUUAACAUUGAUGCAGUCAGUGGCUUUGCAUAUGAAUAUACCUUGGAGAUCAAUGGAAAGAGUCUCAAGCAGUAUAUAGAGAACAGGUUAAAAACAACCAAUACUUGGAUAUUGAACUUGGCAGGUACAGACUAUAGAAUUGUCCUAGAAAAGGACACCAUGGAUGUGUGGUGCAAUGGUCAAAAGAUGGAAACAGCGGGUGAAUUUGUGGAAGAUGGGACUGAAACUCACUUCACUGUUGCUGACCACAGCUGUUGCAUUAAGGCUGUCAGUAGUGGGAAACGAAAGGAAGGAAUUAUUCAUACCCUUAUUGUGGACAACAGAGAAAUCCCAGAGGUUGUGGAAUAGCCUCUGCUUAACUGAUUAGGGAGCAAGAUGUUACAUUGUGCCAAAAAUAACAUUACUUUCGGUGGUCUGGAAACUGAUGCUGUAGUUCAGAAACUCUGAGUUUUUUCAAAAAAGAAAACAGAAGAAAAAAUAAUUCCUGCCAUGAACCCCCUUUAAAAAUAUCUCUUGGAGCAUGCUGAUAUAAGAACUUACCUUUGUUCAGUGCUAACAAAUCUUAAAUGUACAACUGUGUGUUUUUAUGGCAGUAAUGUGUGAAUCAAGAAAUAUGAGGACCAAGGGGACAGAAAUGGAAAACAGUUGAUUACUUUAAUGGAAUAGUUAAAAUAGGAAUAGACUAAUUCUGUUUUCAGAAUUGCAGCAUAAUUUCUAAGAGCAACCUUUGGACUUGAGAGCAAAACUCUUGUGUUAGAGACUCACACUACAAAACUACCUUUGAAACAGCAAGCAUAGCUAAUCUUAAAAAUAAUUUUUAAAAAACCCAAAAUAUGAAUAUAUUAAUCUAAAAGUUUGUUUUGCAAUGGUUGAAAAAUAUUUCCACUCGUAACCUCAGAAUUCAGAAUUAAACUUUUAUAACUUAA